AUGAAAAUUCUAAGUUGGAACUGUCACAGGAUUGGCAACCCGUGGACAGUUAGGACUCUCCGCGACAUGUGUUGGAGGGAUAGGCCAAAUGUUGUCUUUGUAAUGGAGUCUAUGAUUGAUGCAAAUCGUCUUAAUAAAAUUAAAAAUAAAUGUGGUUAUAUUGAUGGUGUUUGUAUUAGCAGUAAUGGGAGAUCGGGGGGUAUGGGUAUAUGGUGGAAGGAUAUUAAGGUGAAUGUGAUCUCGUACUCUUUACAUCACUAUUCUAUUGAUAUUCUUAAUGAUAAUAAUGUUGCGGUAUGGAGGGCUAUUGGGAUUUAUGGGUGGCCGGAACAAUCAAAUAAACACUUGACUUGGUCCCUCAUGUCUUCUUUGAAAGGUGAAUGUAGCUUACCAUGUCUCAUGUUUGGUGAUUUUAACAAGAUUUUGAGUCCGAGUGAAAAGGAAGGUGGCUCCCAAAGGAGUGAAAGACUCAUGGAUGCUUUUCGUGAGGCUAUGGAUACUUGUACUAUGCGUGAUUUGGGGUACACGGGCAACAUUUUCACGUGGGAAAGGGGUAACACCAUGGAUACUUUUGUGAGGGAAAGACUUGACAGAUUUAUUGCAACUGAUGAUUGGUGUACACUUUUCCCGAAUUUUAUAGUCAGUAAUUUGCCCAUUUUGAAGUCUCAGUCGGAUCAUGCUCCUAUUAUUUUAUCUACGGAUAGAACAGUUGCCGAAAAUUGUGGGAGUACGGGUUAUAAAUUUGAAGCUCUCUGGUUGUCAAGAGAUGAAUGCAGUGAGGUGGUAGCACAGGGUUGGAGUGAAAGUACGGGGCUUAAUAUGGCAAACAGAGUGGCUAUAUGCAGUGAGAAGUUAGCUUCAUGGGCUGCUUUGACCUUUGGUUCAGUAAGGAAGAGGAUAAAGAAAGGGGAAAAAAGAAUGAGGGAGUUAAAAGGGGGUGUGAUGGAUGGGUCGAACUUAGAGUUGUGUAAUUCUCUUGCGGCGGAGCUUGAAUCUUUAUAUAGAUUAGAGGAAUCGUACUGGCAUGCGAGAGCUAGAGCAAAUGAACUGUGUGACGGUGAUAAAAACACAAAAUAUUUUCAUCACAAAGCUAGUCAAAGAAAGGCCCAGAAUAGAAUUAUGAAGCUACAGGAUGAUAAUGGGAUGUGGUUUGAGCAACGUGUGGAUCUUGAAAGACUGAUAGAAGCAUAUUUCACAAAUCUCUUUGCUACGAGCUCGCCAAUGGGGUUUCAUGAUGCGUUGGAGGGGAUUGAGGAAAUGGUGUUCGAUGAGAUGAACGAGAUGCUGGAUAGUGAACCAACUGCAGAUGAUAUCAAAAAUGCUUUAUUCCAGAUGCACCCCAAUAAAGCUCCCGGCCCUGAUGUGGCAAAUAAAUUGAAGGUGGUGUUAGACAAGGUGAUCUCUGUUAACCAGAGUGCUUUUAUUCCAGGUCGACUUAUCUCAGAUAAUGCACUUGUGGCUUUUGAAAUUUUCCAUGCGAUGAAGAGGGGUGGGGAAGGGAAGGAUGGAAGUUUUGCUCUAAAGCUUGAUAUGAGUAAGGCUUACGAUAGGGUGGAAUGGGUGUUUUUGGAGAAGGUGAUGGAUAAAAUGGGGUUCUCAGGAGCUUGGAUCGGAAGAAUUAUGAAUUGCCUUCAGAGUGUCCAAUUCGCUUUUAAAAUAAAUGGGCAAAUUUCAGGGUCGGUCAUUCCUACGAGAGGGCUUCGACAAGGUGACCCAAUAUCUCCGUACCUCUUUUUAAUUUGUGCUGAUGCUUUUUCUACUUUGCUAAACAAGGCUGCGAGAGAUGGUAUGAUCCAUGGAGCUAAAAUUUGUCGUGGUGCCCCCCGUGUUUCACAUCUAUUUUUUGCCGAUGAUAAUAUCCUUUUUGCUAGAGCCAACACUAUAGAGUGCUCAGUGAUAGCUAAUAUAAUUAGCAAAUAUGAAAGAGCUUCGGGCCAGAAAAUUAAUUUUGAUAAAACUGAGGUGACCUUUAGCAAAAAAGUAUGUUCUACUCGUCGGGCAGAAAUUGUGAAUACUCUUGGGGUUCGGGAAGUUAACAGACAUGAAAAAUAUCUGGGUUUGCCGACAAUAAUUGGUAGAUCAAAGAGAACUAUCUUUGCAGGGCUUAAAGAGCGGCUUUUGAAGAAACUUCAGGGUUGGAAGGAGAAAUUACUAUCGAGGCCCGGGAAAGAAAUUCUGAUCAAAGCGGUAGCUCAGGCUAUCCCGACUUACAUGAUGGGAAUUCUAAGGAUACCCGAUGGAAUUAUUGAGGAGAUCCACUCUCUUUUGGCUCGAUUCUGGUGGGGGACUACGGGAGCGACAAGAAAGUUACAUUGGCAGAAAUGGGAUGACUUGUGUAAACCAAAGAGUAUGGGUGGUCUAGGCUUUCGUGAUCUCCGUUGCUUCAAUCAAGCUCUCCUGGCAAAACAGAUUUGGCGACUUCACCAUAACCAAGGUUCCCUUGUGCAUUCUAUUUUAAAAGCAAAAUAUUUUAAACAUUGUGAUGUGCUUGAAGCCUAUCGGGGUUAUGAUCCGAGUUAUACGUGGAGAAGCAUAUGGGGUGCUAAAUCUUUGCUUCUUGAGGGGUUGAAAUGGAGAGUGGGAAAUGGAACUGAUAUCCCGGUAUGGGAGUGUGCGUGGCUGCUAGGGAACUCUUUGAUAUGUGUACCUUCCCCAUUGGAUAGAAGUGAUAUGAGUUUGCGAGUCUGUGACUUGAUUGAUCAUGAAUCGAUGUCGUGGCGAGAGGAGGUAAUUUGCAAUAACUUUAAUGCUACUGAGAAAACUCAAAUAUUGUCAAUCCCUUUAUCAUUUCGGAGUGUGAAAGAUCGGAUGUACUGGUGGCCUUCUAGAGGUGGAGAAUUUUCUGUGAAAUCGGGUUAUUGGAUGGCAAAACAAGGUCCUACUACAAUCCAAAGACACCCACAAGAUGAAAUAUGGCGAAUCAUUUGGAGAUUGAAGGUCCCUCCGAAAUUAGCUCAUUUCCUGUGGAGGGCUUGCAAAGGCUUCCUGGCUGUGCGUGAAAGGUUAUAUAACCGUCACUUGCUUGUCGAAAAAUGCUGUACAAUUUGUGGUGAGGGUGAUGAGUCGGUGAUUCAUGCCACCUUUGGAUCUUCGAAGACCACAAAUGAAGAAUUGAGUUCGAUAGCAACAUUAACUUGGGCUGCUUGGUGGUGUCGAAACAAAGCUAUCUUUGAGCAUGAAUUCCCAUGCCCCAUCAGUGUAGCGUCGAACUUAGCCAAAUAUGUACAUGAGUAUGUAGACUAUGCAAAGAAGGUAUUCAUGAAUCAAGGAGUGCAUGGACUUCCUGCUGCAAAUGCUUGGGCUCGGCCUGAUGUGGGUCUGGUGAAGAUAAAUUGUGAUGCUCAUGUAGGGAGGGACAUUGGCCUAGGGGCUGUAAUCAGAAAUGAGGAGGGAAAGGUGCUGGCUGCUGCUGUGAAGCAGGGUGCUGCUGGGUGGACAUCAGAAAUUGCAGAGGUAGCUGCGUGUCAUUAUGGACUUCAGUUGGCAAGACGACUUGGUUAUUCUGCUGUUGUGCUGGAAGGUGAUGCAUCCAUGGUUGUGCAAGGGGUUAAGAAGAAUGCUGUAAACUACACCCCCUUUUCUUUAAUUGUUGAUGAUGUGUAUGCUCUUUCUCAAUCUUUUAUUGCUUUCUCUAUGUCUCAUGUUAAACGUGCGGGGAAUACUCUAGCGCACCAUGUAGCUAGAUGGAGUACUAGAGAUUGUAUUGAACUUAAUCUUUUAAUGGAUCCAAACAAACCAAGUUUCCGUCAACAAUUUUCUGGUUUUAGUGAUGAUUUCCUAACUAAUCCCGAGUUUCAAUUGUUCUUGCAAAGAAUGGGCAAUACGUCUUUGCAACCAUCUCCACAGUAUCAGACACCCACUCAGUUUCCCCUACGAAACCAUGUUAAUGAAGAAUGUACACCUGAAACUGAUCAUGAUAGCAACACACAAUUCGAUGAGAGCGAAGAGGACAGCGUACUAGAGACGCCGCAGUAUCCUCCACCAGUUCCCAAACUGAAAUCCAACCAGGUUGCUGCACGAGCGACUUGA